AUGGUCAACAUUAGCAGCCUUUGGCAGUAUCUUGCCCUCCAGUCGCCGCUGCAAUCCAUGUCGGGCGAGCAAUUCAACAUCACCAAGAUGGGUCUCACUACCUACUCGCUGCCGCAGCUGCCCUAUGCAUAUGAUGCACUCGAGCCGCACAUCUCGGCUCAGAUCAUGCAGCUGCACCACAGCAAGCACCACCAGGCAUACGUGACAAACCUAAACAAGGCGCUUGAGUCGCAUGUCGCUGCCGUUGCCGCGAACGACAUCGCCAGCCAGAUUGCCCUGCAGCAGGCCAUCAAAUUCAACGGCGGCGGGCACAUCAACCACUCUCUUUUCUGGAAGAAUCUCGCCCCGGCGGGCAGUGACGAAACCAGUCUAAGUGCUGCGAAAGACCUUGUUACGGCGAUUGAGUCGACAUGGGGCAGCUUUGACAACUUCAAAAAGACCUUCUCAGCAAUCCUGCUUAGCAUUCAGGGUAGCGGCUGGGGCUGGUUGGUGAGAGAAGGCGGCCAGCAAGGUGGCCUACGCAUCGUCACCACCAAGGACCAAGACCCCGUUGUCGGCGGGGACAUUGUCAUCUUUGGCGUCGACAUGUGGGAGCAUGCGUACUAUCUCCAGUAUCUGAAUGGCAAGGCUGCUUAUGUCGAAAACAUUUGGAAUGUUAUCAACUGGAAAACGGCCGGGGAGCGGUUCCUGGGCACGAGCAGCUCCGAUAAUAUGCCCGAGUUGUAG